ACUGCUCAUGGCUCCAUCCCACUCCUGGCCCCAGGGUCCAUUCCACUAUCCUUGCUGGGCAGCCCCUGCCCCUGCUCUACUUCCUCCCUCACCAUGAGGGCCUCAAUCUGCACCCCCACCCCCCAUACCCAUUUCCUCCCCUCCUCCCCCUCCACAGACUUACCAGCAGGAUGUUGCUCUUCCAGCUGCCCGGCUGCAUUCCUGUAAAUUGGCUAUCGGAUUGGUAUUGGCUGAUAUGGCUGGUUAAUAUGUGGCUAUUGGUAUUGGCCAAGCAAGUCUUUAUCAUUGCAUCCCUACUUGGUGCUAAGAAGGUGAACAGCAUACUGGGCUGCAUUAGUAGGAGCAUUGCCAGCAGAUUGAUGUAAGUAAUUAAUUAUUCACUUCUAUUCUGCACUGGUGAGGCCACAGCUGGUGUACUGUGAACAGUUUUGAGCCCCCCACUAUAGAAAGGAUGGGGACAAGUUGGAGAGAGUCCAGCGGAAGACAAGAGAAAUGGUUUGGGGAAUGAGGCACAUGACUUCGGAGGAGAGGCUAAGGAAACUGGGCUUAUUUAAGUAUAUAAGGGGCACAUAUCAGGGUCUGGGAGAAAGUCUGUUCACCAGGGCUCUCCAGGGGAAGACUAGGAUGCACACUCAUAAAUUGCUAGACAACUGCUUUAGAUUAGACAUAAGGAAAAACUUCUUUACAGCUUGAGUGUCCAGGGUCUGGAAUAGACUCCCCCCAGAGGUGGUACAAUCACCUACUCUGGAUAUCUUCAUAAAAUGUAUGGAUGCUCACCUUGCUUGGGUCAUGUGACCCCAGCAGUCUUUCCUGCCCAAGUGGCUGGGCCUGAUGAUCUUGAGAGGUCCCUUCCAGCCCCUAAUAUCUAUGAACCUAUGAAUCUAUUUAGUCUGCAGAAGAGAAGACUGAAGGGGGAUUUUGUAGCAACCUUUAACUUCCUAAAGUGUGCUUCCAAAGAGGAUGGAACUAGACUGUUCUCAGUGGUGGCAGAGGACAGAACAAGGAGGAAUGGUUUGAAGUUGCAGUAAGGGAAGUUUAGGUUGGAUAUUAGGAAAAAUCUUCUCACUAGAACGGUGGUGAAGCACUAGAACAGGUUACAUAGAGAGGUCACUGAAUCUCCAACCUUGGAGGUUUUUAAGGCUUGGCUCAAAAGUGCCAUGGCUGCAAUGAAAUAGUUGGUGGUGUUCCUACUUUGAGCAGGGGGUUGAACUAUUGAACUAGAUCAGCUCCUGAGGUCUCUUUCAACCCUAAUUUUCUAUGAUUCUAUUUGAAGACUGAAAUGCCCCUCGGUUUUCUCUUCUCCAAACCAGAGUGGAAGAAUCACGUCCCUUUAUUUGCAAGUGACACUCCUGUUAAUACAGGGGUGGGCAAUUAUUUUGGACAGAGGGCUGCUUACUGAGUUUCGGCAAGCCAUCAAGGGCCGCAUGACAGGCAGCCCAGGGCAGAUUACUAUUUUUAAAAAUUUUUAGGGGCCCUGUGGGCCGGAUAGAAGGGCCUGGUGGGCCAUGUCCGGCCCCCGGGCUGCAUUUUGCCCAACCCUGUGUUAAUACAACCCAGUAUUCUGUUGGCCUUCUUUAAUAAGAGCGCACUGUUGACUCAUAUACAGCUUAUGGUCUACUGUAACCCCCAUUUCCUUCUCUGCAGUACUGCAGCCUAGCCAGUCAUUCCUCAGUCUGUGUUUGUGCAUGCAAUUAAUUUGUCCCAAGUAAAAGAUUUUACACUUAACCUUUUAAAUUUAAUUUGGCUGAUGUAGAGAGUUUUUUCUGGUUUUUGUGGUUCCUAGCCCUAACCCUCCAGAGUUUCUGCAACUCCAUGCAACUUGGUGUCAUCCACAGAUUUGUUAAGUGUGCUCUCAGACCCAGGACAGAUCCCUGGGGAACCUACUUGAUACCUUCUCCGAAGUAGACAGUGAACCAUUAAUGUCUACUCAUUGAGCACAAUGAUUAAACCAGUUAUGUAUCCACCUUACAGCACUUUCAUCAAGUCUGUAUUUUCUUAGCUUUUUAAUGAGAAUGUUGUGGGAGACAUUAUUCAAAGCCUUACUAAGUCAAGAUAUAUGACAUCUGCUGCUCUCCCCUUACACACUGAGCCUGCCACCUUAUAGAAGAAAAUCAAGUUAGUCAGGCAUGACUUGCUCCUGGUGAAUCCAUGCUGGCUGUUCCUGAUCCACUUUUUCUGCUCUAGGUGCUUCACAAUAAAUUCCUUAAGGACCUGCUCCAUGACGUUGGUAGGGAUGAGUCUUGCAGACUGGGGUGGAGGAGGGAGAUUCUUCCUCUCUAUUCAGCACUGAUAAGGCCUCACCUGGAGUACUAUGUCCAGUUUUGGGCCCCAUACUUCAAGAGGAUGUGACCAGAUUAGAAAGAGCCCAGUUUAGAGCAACAAAAUGAUUAGGGAUCUGGGAAGCAAGACUUAUGAGUAGGGAUCUACUCAAUUCACAAUUUCACAGUUUUCAUGGAAACUGCAAAAAAAAGUGGUUUCUGUGAUCACCACAAGACAAAUUCUCUGCAAUUCUGCACAGAAUCACUGGGGGAAAAAAACUUACUAGUUUUUACUUACAUCAGCCAAGAUGAGAACUGCUGCCUCCUCCCUCUGCUGCUGAUUGGCUGAGAGGGCUGCCUUUUGUUUGGCCCCACCCUCCUCCACCAAUAAGUGGCAAAGGGCGGGGCCACAUGAAGGGCAAGCCUCUCCACCAGUUAGUGGUAAGGGGCGGGGCUGCUGUGGCCCCUUGACCAAUCAGCAGCAGGGGAGAGGGGGCUUGCCAUGAAAAGGCUGUGAAAAUAGCACUGGGUAUUGCAAGCAAUCUGUGAUAUUUGCUUCCCCCCUGCAUGUUUUAAGUAGAUCCCUACUUAUGACGAAAGGCUGAAGCAGCUAGGGUUAUUUAGUCCAGAGAAGAAAAGACUGGGGCUAGAUUUGAUAACAGUCUUCAAAUACCUGAAGGGCACUAACAGAGAAGAUGAAGAUGGUCUUUUAUCUGUGGCCAUAGGGGACAGGACUAGGAGCAAUGCUCUAAAGAUGGAUCAGAUUAAAUUUAGGUUGGAGAUUAGGAGGAAUUUUCUGACUAUGGGUUUGGUCAAGUACUGGAACAGUCUACCUUGAGAAAUUGUGGAAUUUCCAUCCCUGGAAAUUUUCAAGAGCCAGAAAGACACUUGGAUGUUUUCAUUAGGGAUGAUCCUGUCUGGAGCAGGUAGCUGGAUUAGAGGACCUUGUGAGGUCCCUUCCAGCCCUACUUUCUUAUGAUCUUUCCAGGUGUUGAGUUCUAUAAUUCCCUGUAUUCUCCUUCUCUUUCCUAAAGAUGGACAUUAUAUUUUCUUUUUCCAGUCAUCCAGGACCUCAGUCAUAGAAGUAAUGAAAACAGGCCAGGGAAUUAAGAUACAAUAAAGGAAAAAAGGAGAGGAGGCCUUCCACAGUAAACUAACUCUUCAUAUUCUGAGAAAAGAGAUGGCUAGUCCUUGGGUGUUAACUUGAGUAAGAGAAGUUACGUCCCUACUCCCAAGGGAGUGAAUACCCAACCAUUGCGAUUCUCAGAUAUGGUCCAGCAAGCCCAUUUAAAGGACACUUAAGUACUAAGAGUAAUGCUUUUUGCAUUGAUUCCUCUCGGAGCCUGUGUAAGCAGUACCUGAUCAGGGAUCACAUGGUUGUUCAUUAUAACAAAAUCCUUUCAGCCAAAGCUGCUGUAGACUGUUCUGUGCCAAAAAGCAGAUUGGCUAGCAUCAAAUUUUCAGAUCAGCAACGAAGAGAGAAACUCAGGAAGGAAAUAGCCAGGUGCAAAAAGGAGAUGACUUCAGCUAAAAACUCCUCAUGGUCCAGCUCCAGAGGGAGUGGAAAGCCACUGUCAUCUACUUUUGAACAGGUUUCCUGUGAAACAGAAGACAAUGAGCAGCUAUCUCCCUGCGCACAAAAUUCACAGAAGUAUUUAUCUAGGUCAUUAUCAUUUUCAGACAGGCAAGGCCUGGAUGUCUCCAGUCCCACAAAAUGUGACAGGAAAGAUGCUCGGAAAACAUCUAAUGCCUCUGCCUCUAAGUCACGUGUCAGUGAUUCAAGUCCAUUGAGAAAACAGUCUGAAGUUUUGUAUGGUUUCUCUGCUGAUAGUGUUAUGAGCAUUGGUCAUUCACACACACAGCAGGAGGCUGAAUGCAAACUCUACAGUGGUGAUCUCCUAGAUAAGCAUUCCGAUUGCUUUACUGACAACCACCAACCAUUCACACCACGCACCUUAAAAUCAGAAGCAAAAUCUUUCUUGUCAGAGUACAGGUACUACACUCCUGCUAAAAGAAAAAGGAAGAACAUUCGCAAGCAGCGGGUGGAAGCAGAAACACAGACUGAUGUAAGCAGUUUUCAAUCUGAGCCCAAAGCAUCUGAGAGAAAAGUGACUGACUUCCAAAAGAUCAUAACACAGGCUGAAGAUGUGAACUCUGCAACAGAUGAGCCUGAGGGAAGAAUGGAUGUGUUUCAGUAUUCUUUAUCAAGGGAGACAUCCUUAUAUUCUGAGCAGUCUUCAGCAAGAAUUAAAAUCCAGGCUGAAGAGGAAGAGCUGCUGUAUCUCACUUUCAUUGAAGAAGUAACAGAUGAAAUUCUUAAACUCGGAUUAUUUUCCAACAGAGUAUUGGAACGAUUGUUUGAGCGUCACAUAGAAGAAAACAGGCACCGUUUGAAUGAGAGCAAAAUGCGCCACCUACUGGAUGUCCUUAAAGUGGACCUAGGCUGUAGCACAGAGGAGAAAUCUGAGAAAGUCAAUGGGAAUAUGGAGGCAUUUGAUCUGGAAAAGUUUAAAACCAUGGAUCAGCUUCAAAUUACCAGCAAAAAUCAAGGGCAGAAUAAGAUUACGAAGAGCAGUGAGUUCCUGAAAGCCAUGGAUUUAUUAUCAAAGGAUCUAAACAAAUUAAUGCCCCAGUCAUAUUGUGAAACUCCAGAGGAGAUAUGUGGCCAGAAUGGCUUUUCAAAAGAUCUUACUGAAGAAGUGAGCAUUGGAACAGAUCCUUAUUCUUCAGUGAAAUCUGAAUCUGUCCCAGAUAUUUCACACUCUUUGGAGCCAACAUUAAAUUCAACCACUUGUGAGAGUGACUUUGAAACCAAUAAGGAACUUGAUGAUCUUGAAGAAAGCUUUGCAGAGGCCCUUCAAAUCUCAAAUGACUAUGUAGAAGAAUAGACCAGAGUUAACUGCAAAACAGUAAUGCAGACAGUACUGUGGAGAGCCAAUGUUUGUCAAAUAAAUACUAGUGAAUCAUUAAUUUUUAUCUUCAACUUUCCUAUUCAAAUGCUGCUAUUAGCCUCACAAGAGGGGUACAAGUAUUAUCAAUCAGGCAUUAACUGAUCUAGGUACUAACAUAAGCUGUAAUGGUUUAAAAGUUAUUGUUCAAAAAGAAUGUUUUUAUAAUUUAAGCUAAGAGUACAAUUUUGGAACUAGCUGCUGACACUGCUAAAAUUAGAGUAUAUAUAUUUUUAGGUUUAUUGAAGAUGUAAUAUUUUAUAUUAUUUAUUGUUUAUUUAUAAUAAAUGAAUGCAGUACCUGCA